GCAGACGGAAGUAGUGCAGGCAAAGUGGCCCCGCAGUCAGGCGCAGCGAGGUGCUGCAGAGCCAGGUAGUGGCUCACGCGACUUGGUCCAAGAUGCCGCGCUUCGCCUUGACCGUCAUCCGCCAUGGUGAAACAAAACUUAAUAAGGAGAAAAUCAUUCAAGGGCAAGGAGUAGACGCGCCCCUCUCCGAGACGGGGUUUAGGCAAGCAGCUGCCGCCGGGCGCUUUCUAAGCAAUGUGCAGUUUACACACGCCUUCUCCAGCGACCUCACGAGGACUAAGCAGACCAUACAUGGCAUUUUGGAGAAAAGCAGAUUUUGCAAAGACAUGGCGGUGGAGUACGACUCCAGACUUCGAGAAAGGAUGUACGGGGUCGCAGAAGGCAGGCCGCUAAGCGAGCUGCGGGCCAUGGCCAAAGCCGCCGGGGAAGAGUGUCCCUUGUUCACCCCGCCUGGAGGAGAGACGGUGGAGCAGGUAAAAAUGCGUGGAAAGGAUUUCUUCGACUUCAUUUGUCAUUUAAUCCUGAGCAAGGCAGGCCAGAGAGAGAGCUGCUUGCCUGCAGCGCCAGGCAGCUGUUUGGAGAGCUCUUUGGCGGAGGUUUUCCCUGUGGGAAAACAUGGCAGCUUGGGGUCAAACCCCAAAGGCGGCGUCCUGGGCUUAGCAGCCAGCGUCUUAGUUGUGAGCCAUGGCGCGUACAUGAGAAGCCUCUUUGGUUAUUUUCUGAGCGACCUCAGAUGCUCGUUGCCCGGAUCCAGAGACAAAUUCGACCUGUCCUCCAUCACUCCCAACACUGGGAUCAGUGUCUUCAUCGUGGAGUGCGAGGAGGCGCGCGAGCCGUCGGUCCAGUGCGUCUGCAUGAACCUCCAGGAGCACCUGAACGGACUGACGGACUGACGGAGAAGCAUUGAGUCUGGAGCCUCAGCCUGGUGUGGUGCUGCCCUCUGCUCCUGCCGGUUUAGAAGCAGUCAUGUGAGAAAGCCCCUACCGGGAUUCUGGCUGUACCAGACACUGGUGGGAUUCCACUCGCAGCCAACCUGGUUUUUCUGAGACAUCCUUUUCUACCGCAGUGUUGUCACUUUAUCCCAUUAUAUCUCUGAGGACAGUCAGCACUGCACAUGGGGCUGAGCAGCCUUUCCCUGUGCUUCCCUUCAUUGGCCUUUUUAAUGUCUAGAUGGUGUUGGCUUUUGAAGAUAAUUGUAUGAUUUUCCACUUGCUUGCCAAGUGCUUGCAAGAGAGAAUGGUUUCAAUAAUUGGCUGCGUAUUUGCAGUGAUUAUAUCAGAGUCCAAAGUGUUCCCAACUGAAGCUUCUUACUGUCAGUGUGUAAGGUAAAAUGACCGAACGCUCUAGCGUCCGCUGGAGAAACUGGCUCUUGGGAUUUUUAUCAUUAUCAUUAUUAUUAUUCUAAAGGCCUCAGAAUAUAGCUGAGGGACUGAAGGGGUGGGUGGGCAGUUAAGAGUACUUCCUGUUACCCUGAGAACCCCAGUUCAGAUCCCGUUACCCAUGUUGGGCAGCUCCCAGCUGCCUGGAACUCCAGCAUCAGGGAGUCAGUGCCUCUGCAGACACUUGCACACAUGCACACAAAUAAAAUAGUAAAAGCAGCCCUGGGGGAGAAAGGACCUUGAUCGAAACACAUUAAGGAUCCUCUGAGCAGAAGUCAAAGGGAGCUUUCCAGGCACACGGGGUGUGGGGGAUGCUCCAAUUGUCCCCUGCUUUGUAUCCCACUUGCAUGUAAAGACUUGCCAGUGAUCUAAAGAGGUGCUGAAGCCUGGGAUCCAGAUGCCACGGAUGAAGUGACCUUCUUUCCUCCAGGUGGCGCUAUAGGAAAGGGAUUUUGAUUGCAGCUCAGGAGUCCUUAGUUAGGAAACCGAUUGAACUGCUGAAAAUUCACACCACAGCCUCAGGAAAAGGAAUUACAUGGGGAAAAUGUAAUUGUAACCCUGGACCCAGAUACAGAGGAGUCUGACCAGGACCUGGUCGGAUCGAGUGCUUUUUGAACAGUAGGCAUCGAACAAACUUAAACCUAGAAAAAAAAUACAGUUCACCUGCAGAGGAAGGUCUAGGUCAAGGCUCGCCAUAGUGGGCUUGCCAGCUGUAAAGCACGAGUGGGCCCUUCCCCAGUCUAGACACUUGGAGGAGCUGGUGACACUACUUUGGGUACUGGUGGCCCCAAACUAGGGAUUUACUUGAGAUUCCAAAUGCAAAUGUACUUUGAACAAAAACAUCACUGACACCAUGAGUCCAAAGUGUGACCAUGUUCCAAGAAACCCAAGGACAUGUUUAAGGAGUCUGCAGAAAAGUUGCUGGGUGGGUGACAGUGAACUUCAGCCAAAGUCGCAUCAGCAUUGGGACCAGUGGUGGAUGUAGAAGUUGAGAGGAAAGUUACAAAAACCUGAGGGGCUUGGCGGUGUUGCUCAGUGGGCCCUGGGUUCUGUCCUCAGUAUUGGGGGAGGGAGGGAACCACAUAAAGGCUGUGGGUUUGGUUCUCUUCCUACUUCUGUGGAGGCCAACCUCCCCCACCCAAGCCCCUGUAAGCCUUCAGGUGUCAACAGUGUGGUCCAGAGAACAGUAGUGACAGAAAGUUUGGUGGGCUGCCUCUGCCUGCAGUUUUACUCUUGUCUGGCCUGAGUCUCUGAGGCUCCCCUGAUGGUGCUUUCUCUUCCUCUUACCAGGCUGUAUUUUCCCAUCCCUAAGAAUAGAUAAUAUGUUACAUUUUUGAACACGUUAAAAGGAAUUUAAAAAACUAUAAAAAUCAGUCGGGGGAGGGGAAUACAUAAUGGAUAAGCUACCUCAAAGCACUGUCAGAGUGUUAUUUUGAUCUAAAAUCAAGUGAGAAGAAACAGCAGAUUUGCCGAACAGGAUAAUUCUCAGAACUCCACCUCCUCUGCCCCCAGCAAGCUCCCGGAGGUGAACUGGUACACAUCCGGCCUGGUACUUUGCGGCUGCACCCUACCUCUGUGGCCUCUAGUCUGACUCACUCACAUUCCACUGUGUAGAUUUGUUGCAAAGAUUCCUUUUUAGCAACUUCAGGUUUAUGGAAAAAUCAAGCAAAAGGUUCAUCCCCCUACACACCUUCCCCCAUUCUGUUAGCAAAAUCCAUAGUGUUAAAAGGAGCCUGUAUCUGGAUGAAGUGUGCCGUAUGUCAGUACUGAGUUACCAUGUUAGUAACUGCACGUGCCUCACAGCACAGAACGUGGCCCGCCAAGUGCAUGCCGGGAGUGGAUGUUGCCUUCUCAUGACUUCAGCGUUUGCUCUGACUGUCAUCUGCACUGCAUAUAAAGCCCAGUAUUUGCACCGUUCUUAGUGUGCCCAGCACUGCCUUUUUUUUGCCAGUAUUGGAUGCAUGGAUUUGAGAGGGCUUUGGAGGUGUUGCUCAGUGCGCCCUGGGCUCAGUAUUGGGGGAAAGAAACACAAAAGGAGAAAAACCUGUUCUUUUAAGAAGAGAAAUCCGUGGGGCUGGAGAGAUGGCUCAGUGGUUAAGAGCACUGACUGCUCUUCCAAAGGUCCUGAGUUUAAAUCCCAGCAACCGCAUGGUGGCUCACAACCAUCUGUAAUAAGAUCUGAUGCCCCCUUCUGGGGUGUCUGAGGACAGCUACAAUGUACUCGUGUAUAAUGAAUAAAUAAAUCUUAAAAAAAAAAAAAAAAAAAAAGAAGAGCGAUCCAGUGUUAGUGAGGAAAGGCCCAGUGAGCCAGCUCUCCAGCGUAGUCCUCUGGUUCUUCCCACUUUACCUCUCUCAGAGCAUAUGAGCGGCGGUGUUGUUCCAAUGCCUUUCAAAUGUACAUAAAUGCCCAGCUAUCUGCAGCCUUCGGUUUACCCAUAUUGUUUGAUGCACUGUUUAUCCGGGAAUGUAUGGAUCUGUUUGAUUGUAACCGGUAUUCUACUGAAUAAAUAAACACCUUUUGUUUUUUA